CAGAUAUACUAGGAUAGCAGCAGCCCUAAAUCCUGUGAAGCACCGUCUAUUCAUCCAUUCUUUCCUUCUUCUUUCGGGUAGCUACACUUUAUUCCAACUUCGAUCAUUCAUCAUGGUCAAGCUCUCAGUCUCUUCGCUUGUAGCGGGUGCAGCCCUCGCAGCCGCUCUUCCCUCAUACCUGACUUCUCUUACCGGCCUUUCUCCUCGUUCUCCCAACAGUGGUCAAAUCACAGCUCGUGCGACUGGAGGAAAGGUCACCAACAAGAAUCUUGCCCGCUUUGAUAAUAGCAACAUCGAGGACGGCGUAGGCAAUGGAACUGACUGGUAUCAUCUCUAUCUUGGCAACGGAUCUGUCGCUGCCGGAUGGCCCUCCAAAGAUAAAUGGGUUUCAUUUGAGUCCAUGUUCGAAAACUACAAGCUCCAAAUGUACGUCGCCUGUCAAUAUCUGAACUGGCGACUUCCCAACAAUGAUAUCGAUGAAGUGCAAGCUAUCUGGGACGGCAUUCAAACCGCAUCUGAUGCUACCGGAGUCGACCAUCGCCUUAUUUUGGCUAUUAUUAUGCAAGAGUCUCAUGGUUGCGUGCGAGUGAAUACGACCGAUCUCGGCGUCCGCAACCCUGGCGUUAUGCAAAACCACAACGGCAAAGCCUCUUGCAAUGAUAACAAGAAACUUACAACACCAUGCCCGGCAGCGACAAUUCACGAAAUGAUUAGGGAGGGUACUGCUGGCACCACCUCGGGUGAUGGUCUCGCUCACUGCAUCAACCUGUCUGGCAAUGGUGAUGUUUCUGACUACUACCGCGCUGCUCGCAUCUAUAACUCUGGUUCCCUCUCAAAGACUGGUAACUUGCAGAGCAACAUCGCUACUCAUUGCUAUGCCAGCGAUAUCGCCAAUCGUCUUACUGGCUGGGUCUACGCACCAUCAGCCUGUACGUGUGACGAUGACCCUAAGAGCUGUGGCGUUUCAAACAACUAAUUUUUUUUUUCCGGCUUCAUUAUUGUUAUUAUCAUUAUUAUUUUCCUUUACUGUCAUAUUUUACGACGGGAAGUCGGGUGGCCAUCAUAUACCCAAGCGUUGAUAUUUAAAAGUUUUCGGCUCGGCGAUUGUUUAUCGCAGCCAUGGUUAUAAACAGAUAGAAGAACCAUAAGGGUUAUACAUGAUAUGAGGAUAAUCUAUUAUGGAAUAGAAGUAUUUUAAACGAAU